AUGGAUUUAAUUGAAUCGAUAAAAAAAGACAAAGCUUACCUAAAAUGUAAACUAAUUGUAAAAAAUUGGGAAAAGGACUUUAAGGUAAAUCAUUCACGAACCCCUUCAAAGUUUGAUAUAAAAGAAGCUCCUUCAAAUAUAAAAUAUGCUUAUAAAAAAUAUUUUCAACUUAAAAGUACCGCCCUUGAAAAUUGUUUGUCAAUAUGUGACAUUGAUGAAGAUCCUAUUUUGUCUCCAGAACCAUUGCAACAUUUAGAAAAUUUUGCUCGUAAUGGUAGUUCUGAAGAACCAAUAUUACCGACUUUGCCUACUGGACAAGAACUUGAUAGAUUAUUAUCAAGCCCAAAAACGAAUAUUAUUAAUACAGUAAUUGCAGAUAAUUUGUCUAAGAAAUUAUUUAAAAAUAGAAAGUUUUGUUUAAGAAAUCCCAGGAAAAGUGUCAAUUCUAAAAGUCAAACUCAAUAUUCUCUUAAUAGUAAAUUGACUGAUAUAAAGAACUCAGGUAUUAUAAAAUCUGACGAGUUGCAAACAUGUGAUAAAAUAACUAAGGAAAAUGCAUUGGUUGAGUCCAAUUUUGUUACAAGUAAACGCCUUGGUCAAGUUACAAGAAAUGAAGAGGAUAAUCUUACAAAUCUCAUUAACAAAAAUAAUUUUAAUGAAAACUUAAAGAAUAAAGACCAUUUUCUAAUUUCUAAUAAUUCUAUGUGUAUACAAAGUCAUCCUAUAAGACAAAUAAAUAAAGAUUGGCUUGAUAGAGCAACAGGUGUGAUAAGUCACAACUAUAAUAAAGAAUUAAACCAAAUGGAAGAGGUACAAAAGUUUGGUCUAGCAAAUAUAGUAAAUAAUUUAAUAGAGAAACAAUGUGAUUAUGUGGAAAAUAGUGAAUCAGAUGAUGACAUAGCUUUAAGCAAGCUUAAACCUGCUCUAAAGAAGCAGAAAUUAAACUCUCCUUUAAAAGCAGUGCCAGUUGAAAAAAGACAUGUAGAACAGGAAAAUUUUGAAGAUAAAGAAAAAAAGAAGUCAAAAAGAAAAGGUAAAGUAAUAUCAAGAAAUAGUAAAAAGACUGAUGCUAAAAUUAAUAAAAAAAAUCCUAUAAAUGACAAGGAACUUCCUCCAGACAUAUCAGAAUAUCUGCCCUUUGGAUUAAAAGAAAAGGUAAAUCCAAGACAUAAUGUUGUAUCAGAUAUACUAAACACUAUCAAAACAUCAGAAAAUAAAGAUAUCACUCAAGAGCCACAAGUUACUGGAAGAAUAGAGAAACUGGAAAAGAAAAUGGAAAGUGGUACUAUAAAUGAAAAUUUUGUCAAAAUUAAUAUUGAGAAAAAAGUUUACGUAAGGGGCAAAAAACAUAUUAAUUUUACAAAAUACAAGAAGCAACUAUGGAAGGAUAAGAAAGCCUUACAUGCCGGAAUGGAGUUUCCUGAAGCUGGAAAAGUGUUAUGUUUUAAAUGUGGUUUAGGAGGACAUAUGGCUCGUUAUUGUACUGCUCAUAGGGAAAAUUCGCUUUUACCCCUGGAAGAUUUUGAUGAAAGCCAUAUGCCAACAUUAGAAGAUAUGCAGAAAAUUAUUUCAGAUCAUAAAGAAAAAGAAAAGGAAAAACCUAUAGAAGAGGAGCUAUGCUCUUUUUUGUAUCAAGCGAGUAGAAUUCCAGAUGAAUUUUUAAAACUGUUAGAAGAAACACCUCAGGAUUCUAAUGUGAUUAAACCAAUAUACACAGAAAAUCAAGAAAAUUGUGAAGAAUUGUAUGAAACAUUACAAAAAUUUGGCCACAGUUCUUUUCGCCCGGGCCAGGAACAUGCUAUUAAGAGAAUUCUAUGUGGUUUAUCAACAUUACUUAUAUUAUCAACAGGGGGAGGAAAAUCUCUAUGUUAUCAGCUACCGGCAUAUAUUUAUAGCAAAUACUACAAAUGUAUAACUCUAGUCAUAUCUCCAUUAGUUUCAUUGAUGGAAGAUCAAGUGUUAAGCAUGCCCGAGUUCUUAAAAGCUGGUUGCAUACAUACCAAUCAACAACCAACACAAAGACGUAAAAUAAUUGAAUUAGUUAAAAGUGGUGAGAUUAAUAUUCUUCUUAUUUCCCCUGAAGCUCUUAUUGCCAGUGAUACAUCUAGUGGAUUUGCUGGUCUUUUUAAGUCUUUACCACAAAUUGCCUUUGCUUGCAUUGAUGAGGCUCAUUGCGUGUCCCAAUGGAGUCAUAAUUUUAGGCCAAGUUAUUUAAUGAUUUGUCGAGUGUUAAGAGAAAAAUUAAAUGUGAAAUGUAUUCUCGGUUUGACAGCAACUGCUAGCCAAACUACAAUUAAAAGUGUUAUAGAUCAUAUUAAUAUUCCUGAUGGUCUCAGAGGUGUUGUAACAAACCCUGCCCUACCAAAUAAUCUUUUCCUCUCGGUGUCCUUUGAAAAAGAUAAAGAUAGAGCUUUAGUAUCUUUAUUAGCAUCAGAAAGAAUAAAUUCUUUUAACUCUAUUAUAGUAUAUUGUAUUAGAAGAAAUGAAUGUGAAAGAGUUGCAGCAGUUAUAAGAUCAUGUCUUUCACAGCCCGGAAAAAUAAAUAUGGAAAAACAAAAUAAAAAACGUAAAAGGAUGUCCUAUGUUGCUGAAGCAUACCAUGCAGGUAUGUCAGCUGCACAAAGAAAAAAAAUUCAGAAUCAUUUCAUGGAUGGAACUUUAAAAGUAAUAGUUGCAACAGUUGCCUUUGGCAUGGGAAUUAACAAAUCAGAUAUUCGAUGCAUUAUUCAUUAUAAUAUGCCCCCUAGUUUUGAAUCUUAUGUACAAGAAGUAGGUAGAGCUGGAAGAGAUGGUCAACCUGCAUUUUGUCAUGUGCUUAUGAAUGACAGUAAUAGUGAUAAAGAUGAGUUACUUAAACACGUUUAUUCAAAUUCUAUUGAUAGACCUGUUAUAAGGAAACUUCUUCAGAAAGUGUUUAUACCUUGUAAAUGUACAUCUGAGAACUCAUCUACUUCAACAUUAAAUCAACCAAUAAGGUGUCCAGGUCAUGAAGUAGGCAUUCCAAUUGAGAGUACUGUGGAGGAAUUAGACUUACCAUCUGAAAAUAUCGCAACUUUAUUAUGCUAUGUUGAGCUCCACCAUAAACAUUAUAUUAAAGUACUUAAUAAUGCUUAUACCAUGUGUAAGAUCUCUUCUUAUGGUGGACCCAUAAAAAUUUUAGAAGCAGCUAAAACUUGUGCUCCCCUUGCUAUGGCAUAUUUAAUACAGGGUAAAAAAGAUUCAAAUGUCAGAACAAAUAGUGUUUUAGAAUUUAAUGUUAUAGAUGUUGCUGCUGCUAUUGGUUGGGCAAGUGGUAUGACAAAAUAUCAUUUAAAAAAUUUAGAAUGGAUAACUAAAGAUGGGAUAUCUAAAAGGUCUCAUUUAAAAGUAGAAUUUAAUACAUUAGGAUUUAGAUUAAAAGCUCCUGGAGACCUAUCUGCAUCAGAAUUAGAUAGUGUGCUAGAUGAACUACAUGAGAUAGUUUCCAAUCAAGAAAAAGUAAUGUUAUACCAAUUAGAGGAAAUUAAUAAAACAUUCUGUAAACUUUGCAAUUACUCUUGUAACAAAAUAAUAUUUACCGAAGAAUCGCUUGAAAAGAAAUCAGAUGAGUUGAAAGCAAUAAUAAACACUUAUUUCUCUAGGGAGAAUAAUUUACCUGAAAACAUAGUUUUAGAACAAAGACCAUUAGACGUGGAGCGCGUUACGUCUGACGUCAGGGCACUAAUCGCCACUUACAAGGAUUGCAAAUUUACUGGCAGGAGUAUUGCGAGGAUAUUUCAAGGUAUAUCGUCACCUAGCUACCCGGCUUUGGUUUGGGGAAGAUGUAAAUUUUGGCGAUCACAUAUUCAAGAAGAUUUUGAUGGCAUAGUUAAAAUAGCAACGCAACAAAUUAUUCAAAUGAAAAUG